AUGGCCGCCUCUGAAAAUUACCACGUUUUUUCUCCUCUUGCAGAUACUUAUCAUUAUAACAUGGGUUUAACAUCACCGUACCAUCAUCAUCAUCUUCAUCAACAAGAAGCUCAUAUUGUUCCGUUUUUCGGGUAUUUUCAGCCAGGACUCUUCUUGCAUUCUCCGUUCUCUGUUCCUCUGUACCCUCCAUAUCUACCGUGGCCUUCCAAUCUCGAGCUUUCACACAUUAGCAACAUUUAUGCUGAUGUAAACCGCAAUCAGUUUACGGGCCCCUCUGCAAGCUUUUCGGGCCCGCGAGUAAACGGAAACUACUCGUCCAUGGUCAGUGAGGGCUCUUUGAUUCUUGAUGCUCGAGAAGUAGAGGAAAAAGGAGAUGAAGGGCUGUGUGAAGAGAUUAUCAGUAAGAAUCUGAGACUGAAAGAUGAUCAGUUUACUGAAGAUGAUGAUCCCAAUAAGAUAUGUGUGGUGUGCCAGGAUUGUCUGUUACGAGACCAUGAUAAGAUUGCUGGUCUCGAUUGCGGGCAUGAUUUUCACGCGAGAUGCAUCGCAAAGUGGUUGAUGCGCAAGAAUAGUUGCCCCCUCUGCAAGGCAACGGGGAUCAAACUGUAA